AAUAAAAUAAAUAAAACAGUAGAUGCCAAUCCAGUAUGUAUGUGAUGUUGUAGAUAUUUGUAUUUUUCAUUUAGGUUAUAAGAUCCAGGUUUUAUAUUUUGAAUGAUGCGCAUUGUCUAAACUAAAAUAUACUAAUGUACAAUAAUAACCAAUAACACGCGAGGACAGUGUGUUAAUUUCAUUUUCACUUUCACAUUUGUCGUCGACCAUUUUAUAUCACUUACCAUUUUGCCCUCGAAAGAUCAAGUGAACAGGAGUAAAUAAUCGGCUGCACAGUGCCAUAAAUAUAAAUGUUUAUAUUAAUAAAUACACAAAAAUGCUCAGAAGAACUGUAUUACAUGUCAGCCUCUGCAUGCUACUGGCGCAGCACAUAACAGGUGAACCCCAAAACAUAGAUGGCUUACAGAAUGAAGACAUUGUUUUAUGUCCAGUCUUGGAUGGCAAAUUGGAAGAAAUUACAUGGAAGUUGGGCAACAAUAAAGUUGCAGAAUAUGAUUUAUUUAAAAUCAUAACAUAUUAUGGUGAUUUCAAGGAACAAACAAAAUUAAACAUUACAAGUGGGUGUCUGAAAAUGAAUAAUAUUACAGAUCGGCGGGAUGGAUUGUACAAAGCAGAACUACAAAUUCGAGGCAAGCUGCAGGAACGUGAAUUCAAACUAAAAGUGUACAGACCUGUUUCCAAACCGACUGUAACCUGCAGUGUCACCGAUUCUAAUGUCACUCUAAUCUGUGAGGGAGAUGAGAGCCUGGGUGACCACUACCGAUGGGAAGGUCAUGAGAACCAGGUGCUUCGUGUGGCGAAUGAGGGAAAAUAUCUGACAUUUUCAAAAGAAGACCAUAACAUAGAGUACACAUGCAUUUUCAGCAACCUCAAGAGUGAAGAGAGAAGUGACCGUGUUAAAAACUGCUUUGUUCCAGGUAGACGUUCCCAUAUAUUGGUACCGAUACUGGUGUUUCCGGCAGUACUGCCAUUACUGGCAGGACUGAUAGUGUGGUGUUAUAAAUCUUAUGCACAGUCACAAGGCAGGAAAACAGCUGAUUACCAGGCAGUGCAUAACGAAGAAGGGAAUUCAGAAACCACCACUACAAACAACAUGCAAAGUACCUUACCACUGCACGGGCCACAGCAAUGUGACGUGCAUGUGGAUGCGAAUGUGAAUUCCAAAGCCACAGAAAAUGCACACACAAGUAAAAAAGAGGUGGUAAAUGGGACAGAAGAGAUUCCAGCGCCCGAUCCUGGAAGUAAUGAGCAAAGUAAGAUGGGAAGUGCAGAGAAAGGUACACAGGAUGAGGAACAGCAAAAGAAAGAGACUGAAGACGCUCAGACAUCCUCAGAAUCUCGAGCCACAGAAAAUGCACACACAGGUAAAAAAGAGGUGGUAAAUGGGACACAAGAGAUUCCAGCGCCCGAUCCUGGAAGUAAUGAGCAAAGAAAGAUGGGAAGUCCAGAGAAAGGUACACAGGAUGAGGAACAGCAAAGGAAAGAGUCUGAAGAUGCUGAGACAUCCUCAGAAUCUGAAGAAAAAGCAAACACAGGUAAAAAAGAGUUGGCAAAUGGGACAGAAGAGAUUCCAGCCUCCGAUCCUGGAAUUAAUGAGCAAACUAAGAUGGGAAGUCCAGAGAAAGGUACACAGGAUGAGGAACAGCAAAGGAAAGAGUCUGAAGACGCUCAGACAUCCUCAGAAUCUCGAGCCACAGAAAACGCAAACACAGGUAAAAAAGCGGUGGUAGAUGGGACAGAAGAGAAUCAAGAACCCGUUCCUGGAAUUAAUGUGCAAAGUAACAAGGGAAGUGCAGAGAAAGGUACACAGGAUGACACAUCCUCAGAAUCUCGAGAUGUCACCCCGUCACCGGACUCUCCCCCACAGACAACAGGGAUGGCAACAACUCCCCUUCUGGCUCCUCCCCGCCUAGAUCUGGUAAAUUCUCCUCCCACCCUGGAGACUGCAACGACUCCUCCCACCCUGGAGACUGCAAAGACUCCUCCCCCCCUGGAGACGGCAAACACUCCUCUGCCCCCUGGAGAUGACAAAGACUCCUCCCACCCCGGAGACAGCAAAGACUUCUCCCACCCUGGAAAUGGCAAAGACUCCUCUACCCCUGGAGACGGCAAAGACUUCUCCCACCCUGGAGACGACAAAGACUCCUCCCACCCCGGAGACAGCAAAGACUUCUCCCACCCUGGAGAUGGCAAAGACUCCUCUCCCCCUGGAGACGGCAAAGACUCCUCUCCCCUUGAAGACGGCAAAGACUCCUCCCCCCCCGAAGAUGGCAAAGACUCCUCCCCCCCCAGAAAUGUCAAAGAUGCUUCUCCCCCCGGAGACAUCAAAGGCUUCUCUCUCCCUGCAGAAGGCAAAGGUUCCUCCCCCCUUGGAGACGGCAAAGGCCCCUCCCCCCCUAGAGACGACAAAGGCCCCUCCCCCCCUGGAGACGGUAAAGACUCCUCCCCCCCUAGAGACGACAAAGACUCCUCCCCCCCGGAGAUGGCAAAGACUCCUCCCCUACAGACGUCAAAGACUCCUCCCCCCCUUGGAGGCGGCAAAGGCCCCUCCCCCCCUGGAGACGACAAAGGCCUCUCCCCCCCUGGAGACGGUAAAGACUCCUCCCCCCUGCAGAAGGCAAAGGCUCUUCCCCCUCUGGAGCCGACAAGGCAAGCAGAACCUGAUUCAGAUGAGGACCAAUGAAAAAGAUGGAAAUUGAAUAGAAGUGGAUUUAAGUUAACUUAACCACUAUGUGAACCAAACUGAACCUGUAAGGUACACUGUGAAAGUAUGCAUAAUUCAUAUUUUUUUGUUAGAGAUUAUAUUCUUAUGAAUGAUUUGGCAAUUUGUGUUUGUAUUCAAAAUUAUUUGUAAUUUUUUAAGGCAUUUAUUAUCUAAACAGCUUUACAGGAGAAUUAACAAUAAGACUUGGAACUCUGAUCAAACAGUAAUAUGGCAGAAUAUUUAAGAUUGUGCUACGUACAUAUUUUUUUUCAUUCAGUUGCUACAGUAUAUAAGUAAACAUGGACCCUCCCUUACGUAUGUUAAAGAAUCAUAAUCUGUCAGUACUGGUGGUUAAACAGGGAUGCACAUGGCUUUGUGAUGGCUCUUCUGUAGCAUGGAAAGCUCUUCUGUAGCAUGGAAAGCUUUUUGAUCCUCCUGCCCUGGCUCAGGCUCAGAGUCCAGCUGGAUGUCUGUCUCCAGGAUAUACAGUAUUGUGAAUUAGGGACAGCUAAGAAAGUCAAGCAGCCCUCUUUACUAGUGAAAAAUAAAUCUUAGGGAACUUGCACAACAGUCAGCUUCUAGUUUUACAAAGUUACAUCUAAAUCACGAGUAACACAGCCAGAUUUCAUAGAUAUAGUGAAUUAAUUGAAAAGGUGCUCACCAAGGUUUUAAAGUCAAGAUUCUUAUUUUCUAAUUAUCGCUUUCUGUUAUUUCUGUUUGGGCUGUAGUUGAAAAAGCUGUAUAUUCUGAAUCAAAGUAAAUAUUUUGUUUUUUUUAAAAAGCCACAAAAAAAUAACCAUCUUUACCAGAAGAAAAGAUUAAUGAGAGCUGACUGUAUGUAUAGUUUAUUUAUUUAUUUUCUGUUUUGUUUUUUAUUCCAUAAUUAACAUUUUAAUCAGCAUUUAUUAGUUUGGAUAUGUGGCCUGUUAAAUAAAAUAAGCAGCAUAUUUUAUGUUCAGGGCCGUGAGUGUAAGCCAGCCUGAGCCACGUGGAAAUUCUAUAACAUAGCGAGUAAGAAAAUGACCACUAGAGGUGUGCACCACUGAUGUCUUCCCCAUUGAAACAGUGAGUUUGUUUAAAACUCUUUCUGAUCUGUGAAGUAGACAGUCAGGCUAUGUUACUGUUUGAUCAGGUGUGGAGCGGAUUGCAUUUGCUGCCAUCUAUUUAGUUUUUAUGCAAGUACAUUUUUAUACAAUAAAAUGAGAUAAGAUUAACCUUGUGAAGUCAUUCUCAUAAAUGUGUACCAUCUCAUCAUGUCUUUUAAGUAUCAUUGCUAUCUGGGUACAGUGUGAUGACAUUUAAACAUUAACAAAAAGUCUUACUGAGUGUGCUUAAUGCUUUGAGAGAUCCAUUGUUUUAAAUGAAAAUGCAUUGUAUACUAAUAAUGUUAUCUAAUCACUUGUAUCACUAAGGUAACAGUUAUAUAGUACAUAUCUAACCUUGUAUACAUUACUUCUGUCCUUGGGUUCUUUUAAAACAAAUUAAUAAUAAUAAAAAAGACUUUACCUCA